CCUACUAAAAAACCAUUAUUUACUAAUUUAUUUAUAAACUAUUUAUAUCAAUUAAAAAAAAAAAAACUCUAAACCUCAACAGUAUUUUAUUAUAAUUAUACAACAACAAAAUGUCUGUAGAAUGUUUCAACAUUGAACGUUGUUUAGAAAAAUUCAAUGCUAGCCUCAAAGACGAAGAUGAUGUUCUUUUGGAUGAAUAUCUUCAAGGAUUCGAAGAAAUCAAUAGUUUCUUUCAUUUAAUGGGAACAGUAUUUGGCUUUGUUAGCAGCGAUGUUCGAGCUAAAAUUGAUAUUUUAGCUGAUUUUCGAAAAAAAGAAAACUCGGAACAAUUUACAUCUAUUAAACAAAUGAUAGAAUAUGAAAAGUCUGGUGGACUUUUAAACGACACCAGCUACGUGUCCGGUAGUCGGACUUUGUUACGUCUUCAUCGAGGUUUGGAAUUUGUUCACGAGUUUCUCCUUCGAGUGGGUGAUUUGGGUGAAUGUGAUAAAACAUCCGGUUGUUGUAAGAGUGCUUACAAUGAUACCCUCUCAAAGCAUCACUCGUGGCUGAUAAGACGUGGUGCACUUGUUGCCAUGUAUGCAAUGCCUACGAAAGGCGAAUUGCUAAAACGUGUUGGAGUGAGUCAAAGUCGUGCCACGGAAAUUCUACCCGAUAUGUUAAAGGCCACAAAAAUAGUACACAAUCGAACGGAGAGUUUGUAUACUCUGUUUGAAUUACACGAACUGCCUUAAAAAAAAAAAAGAAAAUACAUAUUUCUAAGUUAUUGCUUUUUAUGGUCACACAUUCCAAUUUAUU